GGAACAAGCCCUCUGUGAGACAGAGAGGAAAGGGGAGACACAGAAACGGAUAAAGGGGGAGAGAGGGAAAUAUUGUAGUGAGGAGGAGAGGCGUGCCAGUAAUCAAGGAUUUUGGAUUAGGGCGCGCGUCUUGGAGAACACAUGGGAACGCACCGGAUCAAUUACACAGCGUCACGGAGCCGCCGCGAGAGAAGAGGGGCUCCCUGAGGUGCUGCUGCUGCUGCUGCCUGUUCUGCCCCGUCCUGUCCUGAAUGAGCUGGGACACUGAAUCUUGUGAGGGACAAAGUCAGAAUUAGGACGGAUAUACGACUCGCAGAAAGACGGGAUCUUUCGCCAAGAUGCAGGGUCUGAGUUCCCGGGCUCACGCGUUUUCGGUGGAGGCGCUGGUCGGGAAACCCUGCAAGAGGAUGAAAGUGUCGGAGGGACACGACUCAAGUUCAGCUGGAGACACCGGCAGCGAUACGAACAUCUUCACCGGCCUGAACGAAUAUCCAGUCAGCCAGACGAAGAAAGCAGGUUCGACACCGAGGAGGACAGAGGAAACGUCCUGUGACCCGGACAGCCAGACUGUCAGCUCAAGGGCUGAAGAGGCUGACCCCAGCGGAGAGGAGAACAAGCCGAAGGAGAGCGACUGCUGCCCGGACAGAGAGGUCCGAGUAGAUCUGCAGGGCUCCGAGCUGUGGAAGAGAUUCUAUGAGAUCGGCACCGAGAUGAUCAUCACCAAAGCUGGCAGGAGAAUGUUUCCCUCUGUGCGCGUCAAAGUGCGCAAUCUGGACCCGUGCCAGCAGUAUUACAUCGCAAUGGACGUCAUGCCAGUGGACUCAAAACGCUACAGGUAUGUGUACCACAGCUCGCAGUGGAUGGUGGCUGGAAACACGGACCACUCCUGCAUCUCUCCCAGGCUCUACGUGCACCCGGACUCGCCGUGCGCAGGAGAGACGUGGAUGCGUCAGGUGAUCAGCUUUGACCGGGUCAAGCUCACCAACAACGAGAUGGACGAUAAGGGACAUAUUAUCCUUCAGUCGAUGCAUAAAUACAAGCCACGUGUGCACAUCAUCCGGCACGACCCUCGGAUGGACUUGUCACAGAUCCAGUCGCUGCCUGCUGAAGGAGUGCACAGCUUCUCCUUCCCAGAAACUGAGUUCACCACAGUCACAGCCUAUCAGAAUCAACAGAUCACGAAACUAAAGAUCGACAGGAACCCGUUCGCCAAGGGCUUCAGAGAUCCAGGAAGGAAUAGGGGAGUGUUGGAUGGCUUGUUGGAGUCAUAUCCCUGGAGAGGCCCUCUCAGCUUGGACUUUAAGCCAUUCGCCAUACAGCUCCAAGGGAGCUCAGGGUCGCCGACCAGCAGUGUGAAGAGUCUCCUCCCUCUCUCCUCUUCUUCAUCCCUUCACCCGUUCUCUGUCUCCGCGCUCUCCUGCCAGGACGCUGCUCUCCACACACUCGCCUUUCCUCUCUAUGGCAAGGCCUCCACCACCUCACCCGCCUCCCCGCUGCCCAGCAGAGCCUUCUCCUCUCUGGGAGCAGACAGACUGAGAGGCCUGCCCACGCUGUCCCCGCUAACAGACCUCCCGCUCCUCUCUGCGCUGCAGGCAAAGAAACCUCCCCACUGUAGGGACCCAUGUCUUCACGGGUCUCCGGGGAGUUCCCCCUGCCUCUUUCCCCUCCACAGCCCCCUCAGCCCUCAGGGGCCUUCUCUCCUCCCUCAUCUCUCUGAUACUGUGGGCCCCUACUGUCUUUACCGCUACAGCUUCCCCCUCAACCCCCAACUCACAGCUACUUCCCGGCACGCCAAACUAGCCGAAGACACCACAGACUGUCUGCUGCGCCAGUCUCCGUGGCACCCGACCACCAACCACUGCCUCUGACAGCUGGACCGCACUUUUAGGCUCCGGCCCAUUGAGUGUAACAAGCCAAAGCUUAUUGCAACAAAACAGAGAGGGCUGAUUCUCUAUUCGAGCAAGACUCAAAGGAGCAAUAAAGACAGAACUGUGGCUGUGGUGAUGGGUUUUUUUUUGUAUUUAAAAACUGUUUUGUACGCUGUGUUGGAUUUACCAGCACAAAAACUGAUCCUGAAGCAGAUCAUGAGCUGCUCCUCUUCACUGUACACACUCAACUAGAGCCAAAAAAGACUGAACAGAAAUGUAGACAGGAUGUAGAUUUUUCAUUUGGGACGGAAAGCAGGGCAGAACCUCUUUUCCCGCCUUAACUACUUCACAUGCUGUAGUGGUGUUACCAAAGAGCAUCUGCAAUAGGACCUGAGGUAUGUAAUAUAAAUAUUAAUGAACAUUGAACAUGAACAGAAUGAUUGUUAAACUGACCAUAAGUGCCCAUUAAAGUAUUUUUCACAUUUUUUGUUCAGAUCAUACACAUGCAUUCAAAACGUUUUUUUUCCCUACAUACAGUGUGAAUAAACAAAGUGAAAGUGUAAA